AUGGGUCUUAUGGUGUCUUUAAAUGGCGUUGCAGGAGGCGUUGAGAAAUUGCACAAUGAUGAACCUAAUCCACUAAACAUUGAAGAGCUGAAGAAGACUUUGGGACCAGAUCAAGGUAUUAUUGAGCGUGACGACCAGGGGAAUGUGAUCAACGUUAUUAUUGGUAAGGAGAAAGAUGAAAAAGUUGUCACAAAAGUUCAUCCAGCACUCGCGAAGACGGAUAUUGUAAGAG